GUUGAGCGGGUCGCCGUGCGGAAAACUGAAACUAAACAAGUCGCAGCGCGGAAACUAGAAUCGUUAGCACCUGUUGUCCCAGUGUCCGGGCUUGCGUGUGUUUUGUUUUAUUCGGUGUGCUGUUUAUCCUGCGCCGCAGUUUCAAUUGAAAGCAACAUUAACCGUUUUGCUGGCUGCAAUUGCAGCAUAUUUUUCACUCAGCUCAGCGAAAGAGCAAAAGAAACAACAAGAGCAGCAUAAACAUAAACCGAGACACCGAGAAACCGGUUAAAGCGGACAGAGUGUGGAAGGGGCGCAAAAGAGCAAGCGAGAAAAGUACAACAACGAAAAAUACGAAAAAACGAAACGAAAUAAAAUAGUUAAAGAUCCACGGAUUUUGGUUUUGUUUGCCCAAGAAGUGUGUUUGUUCUUUGUUUACCCUUGCUAACGCCGCGUUUUCCCCGUUAAUAUUGCUGUCUUUAUCUGCGGAUCAAAUCGAAAGUGAACCAAUAAUAAGUAUUACCCUGCAAUUGCCGGAGCACUUCGCGUGGCCUCUUUCUUAUCGUCACCGUCCACUUCAACUACCUGUUGUUGCCUUCACAAUCCUCGAAAGGCCCAUCUGACACACCUCGAAGGCGCUUCAAUAAAUAUUUGUGGAAGUUUUCAGAUAUUCCGUGUUAUCAUGUGUGUAGCCAACGGAUAUUGAUCGGUUACAUCAGAAGCAAUUCUCGAAAUGGCAGCCAGCAACAGCAGCAGCAGUACCAGCCCCCAGUCCCCGAUGGAGGGAUGUGAUGAGGUGGACUUCAUAGCAGCCACUCACCACCAUCACCACAACAACAACAAUGAGUACGAGGAUCUGGUCGGUGUGAGUCAAGCGGUGAUCAACACCAAAGCAGUCACAGCUCCACCCGCAACAGAAACAGCAACUACACCAAACAAUGAACCAAACACCAGCACACUGAAGAAAGCCAAGGAGCGCCGGACUCUGUUUCAUUUCGGGAGCAGCAAGAAGCUGAGUCAGAGCAAGUCACAGGAGACGCAGCAGGAGAAUCCCCCAGCAACAGCCACUUCCGCUCCCCUUCCGCCGGUGCCAAUUGGAACUCCGCCGCGUCAGCACAAGUUUGUGAAGAGCAACAGUUUGGCUCGGCUGCUGGGCAACACAUACAAUGCCAAGAAGUUUGAGAAACAGGAACAGAAGCGACUGGCCGGAGCCGGAGUUGAGGGUGGCAAGUUCAAUACCUACAGCGGGCGGCGGGGACGAGCGGGUCCCUAUCUGGAGCGCUUCAAGCGGGUGUCCAAGGAGGACGGCGAUGUGGCCGGCGGUGAUGACUCCGUGCAGAUCACGAACGUGGUAACCCUGACCACGGAUUCGCGGGAUUUGCUCUACGGGAGCCGGCAGGAGCAUGUGGGUCGCACCAUCGCCCAGGAUCAGCUAAGCUCAAAGACCAUACGCACGUUGACACGCAGCUUGGGGAAGCUCUGGAGGCGAACACACAGUGUGGAUAUCAGCACACCCGAUCCCGAGUUUAAGGUCUCGUAUCUGGGUAACGUCCUGACCGGUUGGGCCAAGGCAGGCGAGGGUUGUGUGGAGAAGCAACUGAACACCUUGUGGCGGAACUACACACAGCACUCCAAGCCAGACGUCAUCAUGCGGCUGAAGGUGUGCGCCUCUGGGCUGAAGGCCACCACCCGGCAGCAUGGCCUCACGGAGUACUGGGCCCAUCGCAUCACCUACUGCUGUGCACCGAAGAACUAUCCACGGGUCUUCUGCUGGAUCUACCGCCACGAGGGCAGGAAGCUCAAGCAUGAGCUGCGCUGCCAUGCGGUGCUCUGCAGCAAGGAGAAGAUUGCCCAGGACAUUUGCGACACUCUGAGGGAAAACCUGGACAGCGCUUUGCGCGAAUUUAAACGUGAGAAAAUUCUGAAGCAAAACGCUCGUCUCAGCCUGGCCAAUGCCGUCUACGACAAUCCGAGCCUGCCGCGCCGCAAGAUCAUGUUGAGUGUGGGCGGCAACAACUAUCGACCGCCGCUGGAGCGCUCCAAGUCGGCGCCCAAACUGAUGGCCAUCGAGGAGGCCAUUGGUGAGGAGGAGGGCGACGAAAUCGAGGACACCAACGAGCCGGAGAUGAUGCCCUGUUGUCAGAAGGACUCGCUGUACCCAGCCAUGACUCUGGGCCGGCGUCGUUGUCGUCGUGGUCACUCAAUCCGGCGAACUGGAAAGAUCUUGCCCUCAUCGCCCUGCUGCAGCUCGCAUAUGAAGGUGAAGGAGGUGCCUCAGGCCGAGGCUCUAACGUUGGCCUCCGCCGGAAGUGCUGUGAACGAUGGCUCCGACUCGGAUGACUUCGAGAAGCUGCUCAAGUUUGACACAACUUUGAGCAAUGAGUUGCUGCCGUACUUUGAUAUGCAGCUGCACAAGAACGGCAGCCAGAGCAUGGUGAGCCUCAGUGACCUGAAGGAGGAGGGAGAACCGCUGAGCUUGCUGCCCACGAUCAAUAGCGACCCCAGCGCGGAUCCAGAGGCGGACUAUUCCGCCGAGGAACACGAUGUGACCGCCCCGCGUCGAAGUGGUGUCUGUAGCGACGGUGAGGAGGACUUCCUCGACGAUGCCGACGACCAUUAUUUCCGGCAUGCGGCUAUGCUCACCAUGCUGCACCGGAGUUCGAUGAGAAAGAUGCGGGCCAGCGAUCAGGCCAGCAUGCAGUAUCGCCACCAGGCACAGUCAUCGAUAUCCUCGAACGCCUCCAGCUCGACGACGGCCAGCACAUCGGCGGCAGCAGGCGGCGGAUCCGCUCAGCAGGGUCUGACCAGUCCCGACAGCGACGAGGGAUCCAUAUCCAGCGGAUGCGAGACGGCCAGCACAGUCACCAAUGCCAAUCACGAGGAGUACAAUGGAAAGAGGGACGGUGAUACCGGCGACCAGCUGGAGCAGUCGCAGCUGGAGCUGGAGCAGGCGCAGGUGCUGGAGCAGAUGAUGAUCUACCAAAGACUGGAGCACCAGCUGCGCCACAAUAGCGGCGACGCCACCAACUACAGCAGCUCCAGCAGCAUAACGCUGAAGCGCAGCGAUUCCGGCAGCGACGAACUGGACAAACAGGAGCGCAACGACCAAAUCAAUCCCGAUGACGGAUCGGACAGCGAUGAGAGCGGCUACGUGGAGUUCCAGGAGAAGGAGCGGCCAGUGCAGCAGGCGCUCGUUAGCCAAGCCAGCCUAACGCUGGCCAAGAAGGCACCCGUGAAGCCGCAGAUUCCGCCAAAGCCAGCACCGCGUCGCUCGCUUAGUCUCAAUUUGGCCAACGCCAACGCCCCAGCGACUCCAGCCGCUGGCAAGGCACCGGGCACGGCCGUCUGAGUGGGAAAAUGCUUUAAACACAACGGAAACCCGUCGUCUACAAAUUGUUAUUUCUGCACACCCGUCAGCGACCACAGCAAACACAAAGUGCAAGAAAUUGAAAUCCUAGUUGUAGGUUAUCCAUUAGCAAGUAGCCGUUAAGUCAUUUGUUGUUGGUUCAUCGAGAGGAAAAAGCCUAACGAUAUUCCCCAUACCCCCUCAUCAUCACUAUGUUUGUGUCUCCCCCAUUCCAAAAAUAAUGAAUUUAUAUUGUAUGCCCCCCUGUAAAUAAAUUAGAUGCCCUACGCACUGCAUGUACUAUAUAAUAUAUACACGAAUGUAAUUGAUGAACUGUAUCUUACGUAUCAAUAUAAAUUAUUAUCUAAA